AUGCGGUCGGUACGUAGCCUCGCUCGGCCCUGUCUUCAAAGCGUUUUGAGGCCUGUCCCACCAGCGAGCAGAGCCGUAGUGCCACAUCUCGCCUUCGAAGCCGAAGCCUCGGCCCUGCGGUGGCCACGGGUCGCACGUGGCUUCUGUUCUGAGGAGCAGGAGACGACACCCAGCGUGGAAGAGCUUGAGGAAAAGAUCACUUUGGCAAAGGAGCAGUUGCAAGAGCUGUCAGAGAAAAUGAAAGCCAGCAAAGAUGACUUGCAGCAAGCCAAGAGAAGGCACUGCAAACAUCAGAAUGCCACCUGUGCGGGCGAAUCUAGCGACCUCUUGACCUGCCGAAGAGACCCUCCGGCUCGCGGCCACACCGAAGAGCCGAGUUCAACCAGGCACGCCCAAGACCUUGAGAACGAGGCAAAGUACGGCUACACCAAGUUCGCGCUGAGCUUGCUUCAUGUCGCCGACAACUUGGAAAGGGCCAUCGAUAGCGUGAAGAUCGACCAGCUGGACGAGAGUGAGGAGUUGCAACAUGAGGUGGCUGGCGUGCAAGAGAUUCGGCACGUGGUGGAAGAAGCCUUCCGGGAAUUUGGUGUCACCAAGAUGAAGGCACUGGACCAUGCCUUCAACCCCGAGCAUCACGAGGCGAUGUUCGCCAUGGAGAUGCCGGGCAAGGAGCCCAACAUGAUUUUCCAUGUGAUGGAGCCGGGCUACAUGAUCCACGACCGCACCUUGCGUGCGGCCAAGGUGGGCGUCACCAAGUGUCCGGAGAUCCAUCCACCUGACUCCAUUGCAAGAUCCGAGCGCUGGCUCGAGUCAGCUCGAGCGCCGGACACGGCGCGUGUGCAGAAGCCAUCAUGGCCUGAGCCCGAGAUUUUGAAGACGGUGAAGACCACCUCAUUGACGAAAUCAGAGUUGGUGGAUGUCUUGGCAAGUGCCAAGACCAGCAAGGAGAGAAAUCGCGCGGUGAAAUUGCUGAAACAGUUUGACCCAGUGCCACACUACGAGUUCGAUGAUGAGGGCCUCAAGGCAAAGAUGAGGCCCAAGAAGUAUGACUACCUGCUUGGAUACAUGUGUUUCAGAUGCGACAAGGUCAAACAAUCCAACUUCAAGGUAAUUUGGAGCACUUCUCGGGGAAACAAGAUCAUUUGCCAUCCCUGCUAUGCACAGCUGGCGGAACGUGAAGAAGUGGCCGUGAUGCGUACCGCCAACCAGAAGGCGGCAAAUGAACUGUUUUGA